UUUUUCUUCAGAAAUUUAGCCUCUUAUGUUUCUUUUUCUUUCCUGAAAUUUGGAUGGUGACAAUUUGCGAAUUGUGUUAUUUUACUGUAUCAUGUAUAUAAGGGGCUGUGAUAAGGUCGUGUGGUUUUAGUAUGGGAACAGAAAUUCUGUCCGAGUGUUUGUUUGAUUUCGAUGUUUUCACUAAAAGCUUCAAUAAAUUGGAUUGAACAAUGCCUAACUGCCAAUUCAGGUUUUGAAGUCUGAACAAACAACUGAGUUGCAAAUCAUUUUUAGUUAGUGAUAUGGAAGCUUGUAUGGAUUUCUUGGAUCGGCUCGACCCCGACAUAUUGUUGAAGAUUUUUACGUAUGUGGAUGAUCCAUAUGAUCUUGUCCGUGUCAGUUCUGUCUCACGGUCUUGGCGACAUUUUGUGAUUGCAAAUGGUCUUUGGAAGCAGUUAUGCUUGAGAAAGUUUUCUCAGUUAUCUAGAGUUACCCAUGUUGUUGAAUUGAACAAAUGCUGGGCAGUAGGGGCUGCAGAAGUUGGAUCUAGCCAUUCGAAGGAAUGGGAAUAUUUGGAAAGGGAUGAUAGGGCCUAUGCCCUUUUAGCUCGAGCUUCUACAACAUUUAUUGAUAGGGAUUGCAUUUCAAAAGCAAUUAGUGCAUCCAGCACUGAUAAUUAUCCAGAGGAAAGUAUUUAUAAUACUCUCCAUCCAACAGAUAAUGUUCUAUGGAGAACUUCAUACUGGUCAAGUAAAGGACAAAGUAAUCCUGCAGUGCCUGAGACACUAGUAUACAAAUUGGCUGAUGACUUCUGUGUUAUUACUGAAAUCAAUUUACGCCCUUUCCAAGUUUACUUUCACGAGGGUUUACCAAUAUAUUCGGCCAAAUCUGUGCGCUUCCGAAUGGGACAUCCCAAAAGCCCCACAGAUUCAGGGAAUGAUCUCCUUGGUUACUCAUUACCUGAUUCUGUUGAUGACAAGUUCAUAUGGACCUACACUUCACAAGAAUUUCCAAUGGCUCAGGAGAGUCACUUGCAGAAGUUCAGGCUUCCAGAACCUGUUCUUUGUGUUGGUGGAAUUUUGCAGAUUGAGCUGCUUGGUAGGGUUCAGAGAUGUGAAAUUGAUGGCUUAUACUAUAUCUGCAUAUCUUUUGUUCAAGUUUUGGGAAGGCCCUUAUCUCCAGCGUUGGGUGUAGAAAUUCUUGAACCAUGUGGGAAGUUCGUCUUGAAGAUUAAGAAUGACAGGCCAUUUGAGUUACAGGCCCAAUCAAAUCAUACCGUCACCGGUUCAGUUGCAGAGGCAUCUUAGAGAUUUGCAGCAUAUUUCAGAUAUUGACAAUAUGUUGCAGGGAAAUGGAUAUUUAGUUGUUAAUAUUGAGAAUCUGAAAUGGAUGAGGGUGAAGAGGAAUAUCUUCUCUGAAUUUGUUGUAUGUCUCUCCCCCUUUACAUAUGAAGAGGAUUAAAAGCCC